UAAAAUCGAGAUAUUCUUCACGUGUGUUUUUGCAUCAGCCGGCGAGGUCAAAAACUUUUCCCUCUGUUUAGCGUCAGAAUGGAUCCAAAAAAGAUGAAUGAAUUUGCUGGAAGGGUAAGGGCAGGUGGAAAGGGUGCAGGAAUUGGUUUAGGCUUUCUAGCAGCCGCUGGAGGUCUUGCCUAUACUUUAUAUCAAUCAAUGUACACAGUCGAAGGUGGUCAUCGAGCCAUUAUUUUCAGCCGUCUUGGUGGUAUUCAGAAGGAUAUCUAUACCGAAGGUCUUCACUUUAGAAUUCCCUGGUUCCAAUAUCCAAUAAUAUACGACAUCCGAACAAGACCAAAGAAGAUUUCUUCUCCUACUGGCAGCAAAGAUUUGCAAAUCGUCAAUAUAAGUCUGCGUGUCCUCUCUCGUCCGGAUGCAGCAUUUUUACCCCAAAUGUACAGACAACUGGGUAUUGACUUUGACGAAAGAGUAUUGCCGUCAAUUUGUAAUGAAGUUCUUAAAAGUGUCGUAGCAAAAUUUAAUGCUUCCCAAUUGAUCACUCAGAGACAACAGGUUUCUCUAAUGGUCAGGCGCGAAUUGACUGAGCGUGCCAAAGAUUUUAAUAUUAUUAUGGAUGACGUUGCCAUUACGGAAUUAGCUUUCAGCAGAGAAUAUGCUGGAGCUGUUGAAGCCAAGCAGAUCGCUCAGCAAGAAGCUCAAAGAGCUCAAUAUGUCGUUGAGAUGGCUAAACAAGAACGACAGCAGAAAAUCGUUCAAGCUGAGGGUGAAGCUCAGGCAGCAUUGAUGAUUGGUGAAGCCAUAUCGCAAAAUCCUGGAUAUUUGAAGUUGAGAAAAAUCCGAGCAUCACAAAAUAUUGCCAGAACAAUUGCGCAAUCAAAGAAUCGUGUAUAUUUGAACGCACAAAGUCUAAUGUUAAAUGUUGGAGAAAAAGAUUUUGACGAACAAGUGGAUUCUUUAACAGCUAAGAAGAAGAGUCAAACUCGCGCGGUCAUGCAGGAACGACUUGAUGUAGAACCGUUGUCCUCGGAGGCUGGUGAACUUGUCUUUAAACGUCAUGUUUAUAUUUCUUAUAACGAUAUAUCUGGUGCAGGAAGCCGAGCACUCUUAGGAAUUGACAUGAAAGUAGAUAGCUACGAUUUAUCGGUUAUCGAAUUAAAGAACAUGAAACCAGCAACAGUCGAGGGACAGUUAAAAUGUCAAUUCGAUAUUCUCCCUUUACAAGUACUUAAUUGCAAAUAUGAGGAGUUCACACUUAUUAUCAUAAACACUGUCUUACCCUCUGAUAAAGUUCAAUUUGUGGCAAACAAAAUUUUUGAUUACUGCGUCGAAGGAAAAGUUGAGAAAAUAGUCUUGCUAAAUGUUCAACAUUUGGAUUUAAGUGAAAAGGCCAGGAGAGAUAUGUAUGAGAAUUGUUUCAGAGGAGCCAAUACUAUGACCGGAAUGAAACCUAUGCCUAUGAAUACUCCUAUAUACGAUCAAUUCCUUAGUACUUUCCUACAAAUGACAUCCAUUGAAAAUAUUCCUACUGUACUGUUAACGAUACCAGGUUUCAAAGCCUAUCCUGGUGGCUGUGCGUGUGAUGAGGACGGUUCAAAACACGCCAUUUCUCUUUUCCAAGAGACUAUUACGAAGUGUACUAGUCUCAAAUUCAAUUUGAAGUUAUCCUGUUCUCUGAUCUACAAGGAACGAAAUGAUCCAGACGGUAACCUGGCAGAAAUGAUGUACGCUUAA